UCGGCCAAUGAGAGAACGACAUUUACCCUGUUGAUAAAAUGUCGGCGAUGUUGCUGAGCGUGCUGUCUGUCGUUGUCACAAUUUUGGUUGUGGAAGGCGGCAUCGGAAGACCGAGGGGUGUCCCGCUUUCACGAGCAGUACUCUACCAGCCUGGGGAAGGAAACACCUUUAAAUGUCUGAAUACUGUCCAAGAAUUCCCCUUUGAAUAUGUCAAUGAUGACUAUUGUGAUUGUGAUGAUGGGACUGAUGAACCAGGCACAGCAGCAUGCCCCAACAUGAAGUUCUUCUGCCAAAACAAAGGUCAUGUAGCAGAAGAUAUUCUGUCUUCUCGUGUCAACGAUGGCUAUUGUGAUUGUUGUGAUGGGUCUGAUGAGUACCAACAAGAGAAGAUUCAGUGUACUAACACCUGCGAUGAACUGGGUCGCAAGCGUCGUGAAGAUCUGGUUCGUGAGAAAGAGCUGCGAGAAACUGGAUUCAACAUAAGAAAACAAUAUGUAGAAGAGGGCUUACAGAAUCUCCAAACCAACAAGGCUCUUGCUGAAGAGCUUGAGAAGUCAAAGGAACAAAUGAUAGGUGAAAGGGAGGAUUUUGAAGUUAAGAAGACGGAAGCUGAAUCUCCUGAGAAGGAAGCCAAGGAGAAGCAUGAGAAGGCCUGGGAAGCUGUGAAGGCUGAACGGCAGGCAGCUGGAGACAAACUGAAGGCAGCACAGGCAUUCCAACAACUGGAUCACAACAGAGACACAUUUAUAACAGUAGAUGAGAUGUUAUCCCAGUCUUGCUUUGACAAAAACAAGGAUGGAUCUGUGACCGUUGAGGAGAUCAAGGAGUACCUAGAGGACCAAGAGCGGAGCACAGAGGAUGAGUUCUUGGAGAAGAUCUGGCCCAAUAUUAAGGAGAUCUAUAAAGCACCAGUGGAGGAGAGUGAAACCAAGGGAGAUGAAGAUAUGUCUCCACCAUCAGCUACUCAUACUGUAAACCCCCCCAGUAUUAACCCUGACCGAAAGCAGGUGCCCCCUCCCCUAGAGGACGUAACAGAGGGAGGGUCACCUGAUGACUUUGAGGAUGAUGAUGAUGAUGAUGGAAGUGAAGAUGAUGAUGAAGAAGAUGAUUAUAAUAUUCCUGCAGUGGAAGACAAGAAGGCUGAGGAGGAAGAGGAGGAGAAGAUGCCAGACUAUGAUGAGGAGACAAAAAGACUCAUUGAAGUGGCUGAUGAAGCACGUCGUUUGUAUGAUGAAGCUGACAAAAAAGUCAAAGAUGUGGAGUCACAAAUAAGCAAUGCCAAAAAAUAUUUAGAGAAGGACUUUGGACCAGAAAAUGAGUAUGCUUUCCUGUACAACAAGUGUUUCGAGUACACAGAGAGGGAAUACACCUAUAAGUUAUGUCCCUUUGACAAAGCCUCACAGAGACCAAAGUCAGGAGGAUCGGAAACUAACCUUGGGCUCUGGGGUCAUUGGGAUGGGACAUCCGAUGAUGGGUAUUCAGCACAAAAAUAUGAAAAGGGCCAGAACUGUUGGAAUGGCCCUGACAGAUCCGUAAAGAUACUGCUGCAGUGUGGGAUGGAGAACCAGCUACUGUCUGCAUCAGAACCCAGCCGCUGUGAAUAUCAGUUUGAGUUCGCCACACCUGCACGGUGCACACAACCAACGCCAGAAGAAUACCAAAUGAAUUAUGAUCAUGAUGAACUAUGAGAUCCUAAUCUAUACUUUUAAAAAUAUCCACCAUUUUGUCUGUAACAAAUGAUCAGUAUCUCAUGUAAUUAAUUGAAUAUUAAAUGUGUUUCGGUGUCAUUGAAUUUUGUACCAUAAAUUUGACCUGAACUAUCCAGUUAUGAUAAAUAUCUUGGAUCCAUUCACCUCCACGCAUUUGUUUCUCUUGGCUGAAAAGAAGGCUCUCUUGCUCAUUAACUCGAAAUCAACAAACUCUCAAUGCCAUUCUUCUGCAAAGAUCAAGUUUACAUUUCUCAAAUAAUAUAUCAAUAUAUUGAAUGAAACGAGAAGAUUUUUUCCUGUGCUUUGAUAUAGGAAAAAGGGGCGGUAGGGUAGCCUAGUGGUUAAAGCGUUCACUAGUCACACCGAAGACCCGGGUUCGAUUCCCCACAUGGGUACAAUGUGUGAAGCCCAUUUCUGGUGUCCUCCCUUUGUAAUAUUGCAAAUAUUACUAACAGCGGCGUAAAACCAAACUCACCCACUCACUGAUAUAGGAUAGUUGUUAUUCCAGAUUACUGGAUGUCUCACAACAACAAUUGGAUGUGUCUGUGGUAUUGUGCUGUUCAUGCUAAGUUCAAAGCAUCGUUAUGGUAUGAAAUGGGUCCAGGUGGUUUAUCAAAAUAGUUUGGGGAUGUGAUACACUGACCUUCUAAUCAAUCAGGUAUGACUUGUCAGUGGUAGAGGAUGUCAGUCUUGCAGAUUAAGUACUAAAUGUACAUGUUCAUCAAGCAGAUUGUGAGUGUGCUCAAUGUGUAAGAUAUUGUGCGUGGAAAUAAAAUUUAUACAAAAUCCCAAA